CCAAAAAUCUGCUUCACUUUUUGUUCUGCUUCAAAUUUUAAAAUUUGUUCCCUAUAUUACCUAAUUGUUUUUCCUAUUCCCUUAAUUACGAUGAAAAUAGUGGUUUUAAUCACUGAACAUAUGCAAACGCUAUUUUUCAUCGCUGGAAUGGCAACCCUUUAUUUUUGCUUUGUAAAAGUGUCAUUGCGUGAACUGUCAAAUUGUUGUGAGUUAAUAACGUAUGGACAUGUGAUGUGCAAGAUGAAUCGGUAAGUAGUGCAAUAAAUUCCAUAAAAAAUAUAAAUAUAUUAUUAAUUAUAAAUUCUUUAAUAUCUUUAGCAAAGGAAUACGCUCACCGACGAAGAACAGGUUAAUAAGUAGCUAUUUCCAAAAGGAGCUACCUGCACAAAAUUCAGAUCCAGAAAAUGAAGGUUUUGUCAAUUGACUUUUACAGUGGCAGAUGCAGAUCAUCUUCAAGUGAUUCGUCUCCUCAAAAAGAAAGGACUUGUCUAGACAAUUGUAUUUCUUCUUCGGAAUCUGACGACCAUGAGCCUGCAGCGACUUUUCCAUCACGACAAAAAAAAUAUAAACAACAUUUCAGAGAGGAAUGGAAGCGUGAUUUAAGUUGGCUAGAUAACAUCAAAGGCAAAGCAUUUUGCAAAAUUGGCCAAAAAUAUCUCUCUAACAAUAAAACAAAUAUUGAAAGACAUGGCUAUGGUGAGUCACAUAAAAAAAAUGAAUGCACAUUGAAGCAGCAGCCGAAAAUAAACCAAAAUAAAAAAGUGCAAGCAUUUGAAUCGAAAAUUCGAAAAAUAAAAAUUGCGGAGCUGAAAAUAAUAUUAUUUUUGUGUGUUCACAAUUUACCUUUUGCACUGAUUACACCAUUAAUUGGUCUUAUUAAGAGUGUUGCCAGAAACGAUGAAAUAGUGAAAGAAAUAAAGUGUGGUAGAACCAAAGCAGCAGAGACAAUUAAUGGUGUAUUGGCUGAAAAUUUUAUGGAAGAUAUGGCUAAUUGUUUAAGACACAAUAAGUUUUCGCUUAUUAUAGACGAAUCUACUGACAUAAGUACCUCAAAAUGCCUAGGAGUAGUUGCUCGUUAUUUUGAUCAACAAAAUGGCAAAAUUCGAGACCGUUUUCUAAGACUGAUUGAAGUACAAAAAUGUGAUGCAUGAUCAUUAUUUGAGGCGCUAAAAAAAUUGUUUAUUGAUUUGAAAAUACCAUUUGAAAAUGUUGUUGGAUUUGCCGCCGAUAAUGCCGCUGUAAUGAUGGGUGGCGUUUCAGGUGUUAAAACCUUAUUAAAAGAAUGGAACCCCAAUCUUUAUGUGAUUGGCUGCAUUUGCCAUUCAAUGCAC